UUGACCAUUAUUACGCGUUCUACGAUGUUUGCUUUACGCUCACCUUCAACGUUUCUUAUUGAGAGAACAAUAACUUAUAUUAUUAGUGUGUUUUAACGAUGAUUCAGAUAGCAGGUAUAAUUUAUUUCUUAACUCGGACAUAUUUUGCCUUGAGAAGUUAUCUUUAAAGAAAAUAACAAUUAAAACAUUUUCUUUCGAUAUUCACUGUUCAAACAAUGACAGACCAACGAGCCGGCAAAAUUCGAUAAAAGGAUUUAUUCAAUGUGAACGUGGAUUUACGUCUAUAGAAGUGGGAGUAGUGCACAUCUGUGAACGCGAUAAAAAUCAAACGCUAUAAAUGGGAUAAAAGUCGAACACGUGCGUUAGUACGCGCGUGGCUUUGCGCGAGUUACGUUUAGUUUUGUCCUUUGUAUACUUUGGUGUAACGUGCUCGUACGUAUCCUCGAGGAAACAAUAAAUAAGAUAUGAGUUUGUUAAUAUCGUUUAUAUGACAUUUCGUCCAAUCUUUGGAAUUUCCGUGCCUGAUCCAAUAACAAGUUUUUACUCACCCUAUACGCUGUGUUGUGUUUUUACACAUCUAUACAAAUAUUACAUCUGUACAGAUAUUCAAUAUGGUAGAAACAGCGACGUUAGGAUGGGCCGAUUAUACAGUUAUAUUUAUCAUGCUUUCCAUAAGUAUCGGUAUCGGUAUUUAUUACAGAUUUAGCGGAGGCAGACAAAAAACCAUCGAGGAGUACUUUAUCGCAAGCCGAUCGAUGAGCGUUAUUCCUGUUGCCAUUGCACUCAUGGUCUCGUUCAUGUCGGCUAUUACUUUGUUAGGUGUAUCAUCUGAAAAUUAUUAUUACGGAACACAAUUCGUAGUUAUAAAUUUAUCAUACCUGAUAGGUACGCCUAUCGUUUGCUACGGAUUUUUACCAGUGUUCUUUAAGCUUCAAGCGACAAGCGCAUACGAGUACUUGGAAAAGCGUUUUGGGGUUAAAACUAGGAUGAUGGCUAGUUUUGUGUACUGGGUGCAGUUGCUUUUAUAUUCAGGAAUUGUACUUUACGCACCUUCCUUAGCUUUGGAAGCAACUACGGGAAUUUCUAAAUCUGGAAGUAUCGUAAUAAUUGGACUAGCUUGCAGUUUUUAUUCUAGUAUAGGAGGCAUUAAGGCUGUCUUAAUAACAGACGUAUUUCAGAGUAUACUUAUGUUCGCUUCUGUAAUCGUUAUCAUUAUUAUAGCCUCGUACGAAAUAGGAGGUAUAGAAAAAAUUUGGGAAAUUGCCAAGAUGGGACAACGGAUAGAAUUCGACAACAUUUCUAUACAUCCAACAGAACGACAUACCUGGUGGUCUCUCAUUUUUGGUGGUUUGGCUACUUUUUUGUCCUUAUACGGAGUAAAUCAAGUUCAAGUGCAACGUUUAUUAACCGUUAAAAGUUUGAACGAUGCGCAGCAAGCGUUAUGGCUAUCUUUGCCUAUUUUAAUGUUGCUUUCAGUAUCAACGUGCUUCUCCGGACUGUCGAUGUACAGUAAAUAUUACAACUGUGAUCCUUUAACAGAGGGAAGAAUCUCUUCUAUGGAUAUGUUAAUGCCAUUAUACGUAAUGGACACUAUGCAUUAUUUACCCGGAUUACCGGGUCUUUUCAUAGCAGGCAUUUUCAGUGCCGGUCUCAGUACAAUAUCUGCGGCUUUAAAUUCUCUGGCAGCUGUUACGUUAGAAGAUUACGUCAAACCUGUAUAUAGUCAUUAUACCCGCAAAGAAUUAGGUCCUACAAGUUCGGCCACCGUUGGAAAAAUGAUUGCGCUCGCGUAUGGAUUAAUCUCUAUCGCUUUGGCUUUUCUCGCUGAACUUUUGGGAGGCGUUUUACAAGCAGGAUUGACAAUAUUUGGCGUCGUUGGUGGUCCACUUUUGGGAGUCUUUACAUUAGGUAUGACUAGCGAAACCGCAACAGAAUCAGGAGCUAUAACGGGAAUGAUACUAUCACUCGUUUUUCUCUUGUGGAUCGCUUAUGGACAACCUAGACCCGUUCCUCCUAAGUUAGUACUAUCUAAGCAUGGCUGUGAUGUAAAUACAAUAAAAAAUAUAACCUUAAACGCUUUAGAAGGUUCGAUGAAAUUAUCUCCUCAAAAAAUCGAUGAUACUUCCUAUUUUUAUUUAUAUCGUAUAUCGUACAUGUGGUAUGCACCACUUGGGUUCCUAAUUACUGUUAUCGUUGGACUGCUAGUCAGUAAUGUAGUCAGGUGCAUGUUUAGACGAACUCGAAAAGAGUUAGAUCCUAAUUUGUUUUUUCCAGUAAUCGGAAAACGAUUACGCAAGAAACAAUCUCUUCGUAUCGAAUGCAGCGAAUUUACGGAAUAUAAUAAAGUACAAGGAAAAUAUAAAUUUAAUGUUAAUGCUGCAUCCGAUGAAACGAUUUGAUAAAAUUG